ACCUCUUUCCUUCCUAGGAAAUAUAAAAACCCACACAUGCAAACCAGGUCCUCCCUCGACUCUCUGUAUAUAUAUUGUGGCACUGCCCGGUAGAUGGUUCGGAAGUAAACAAGCAAAGCAUGACAAGACCGGCGUCGAGUGCUCCCAUGGAGAUGGAGCAAGGCGGGAGGAGGGUCUCCAGCUCCAAGGAGGAGCAAGAAGCGGCGCUGGUGCACAGCCAGGUCAGGAGGAUCAAGCAGGAGGACGAGAAGGCCAAGGAGCUCCUCCACCGGCUGCGGCUGCUGGAGACCAGGCCUGCGGUGGUCGUCGAUUUCCGCGAGCCGGCGCCGCGGGUUUCGCCGCCGUCGCCUCUGCGCCGCGCCGGGCAGGCGAUCUCGGUGAUGUCCAUGUGAAUCGGUACGGUGCUUUGAACCGUGAUGUAAAUAGGUAGAAGAGCGUGAAUCAGUAUGGUGCUGUCCAUGUGAUCCGCCUGGAUCCGCAGCUUACCGUUGGCAGAAUCGCAGGUUGUCUUAUGCAUGUACUUGCUAGUUCUGUGUUUCUUCUGUUGUAAAUACAGUUUUUUUUUCCUGGAACUUGUUUCCGUGUCAUCUUGAUUUGGUUUUGCUCGUCAAAUCUUUUGGCUGGUAUAAUAAUUUUCAACAUGGCAGGAUUAA